UAUCGUAAUUCGGGCAGUACAGUUUUCGGUUACAAUUGUAAAAUAACAAUAGGUACAUUCUGAUGAGACUAUUUGAUAAAAGAUGCAAAAAAUGGACAAAUUGGCUUAGCAGGUGGGAUGGAUUCAAAUGAAUAUAAGGGUUAAUGUGAAUAAAAUUUCACGAAAGGAGUUUAAAAUUCACUCUGAAAAGUUCAGACAGUGGGUUUAAGAACUAAACGCACAAAGUAUAAGAUAAAUUAAACUGAUGCAGACUUUGAAUGAUUAAACUUAAACUGUAAUAUUGGCACAAGUGUGAUAUUCUGUAAUUAAAAAAGGAAACACCAAAGGGAAAUUAAAACGCGUCGACAAUAAAAAUGUUAACGAUGAGGAAUGGAACAAACUGUGGAAAAUCGUCGAAAAAAGUUCACAGAUUUAUCUCGGGGGAUGGAAGCGGCGGUUUCUUGCGGAGCAAAAAACGGGGAAAGAUGAAGGGCGGUAUGAGUGGUAUGGUGUCGGCCAUGAUUCCAGGGGCCAAGGUCGACACUAAAGGCCGGGUCAUGGUAAACGUUGCUACGUCAAAGGAAACACUCAUUUUUAAUAUUGGAGGUGUGAGGUUCGAAACUUACAAAUCAACGUUGUUCCGCCUUCCUAAUAGUCCACUGGCCAAUUCAAAGUUCUUGAAGGAACAUUUCAGACCCGAGAAGAAUGAGUAUUUCUUUGACAGAGAUCCGGAUGUAUUCAGGGCUACACUGAACUACCUUCGUACAGGGGAACUCCACAUACCGUCUUACAUUUGUGGACCUGCGGCAAAGAAUGAACUGGAAUUUUGGGGAGUCAAACCGAAUAAGAUAGAAAAAUGUUGCUGGACUAAUUACAAUGAUUGGAACUCUACGCUUGAGGCCCUGAAUCAGUUAGAACAUGACCGGAAGGGUUCCUUACUCACAGUUGAAGUUGAUAAAAACAAGACGAAAACAUGGUGGAACACGCACCAACCAAAGAUCUGGAACUUUCUUAACAACCCCGACGUUUCAUUCCUAGCCAAACUGUUUGGAUUUCUGUCGCUGUUCUUUGUGGUUCUUUCUAUAUUUUCAUUUGUUGCCGGAACCACGUCAUCCUUUAAGAAUUAUGGAAUAACUCCAUCUGUCGGAAAUUUCUCGAACGAGAUCGCCAAUGAGGUCAUCAAUGCAACCACUCCCGACACCAUUACCGGAAGUACGGAAUCUCUUUCCGAAAGUACCGAAUCUACUUCUGGGAAUGCAUCUAAAUUCAAACAUCCGUCUCUGCAUAUCAUAGACAUAGUGUGCCUUGUGUUUUUCACCGCUGAGUAUAUUGUCCGACUCGUGUUUGCGCCCAAGAAGCUAAAAUUCGUCACAUCUCUGAUGGGGGUGAUUGACCUGAUAGCAAUUCUUCCGGACUACAUCGAAAUGAUUGUUUAUGCCGCUGACCCAGAUAUCAACAGUAACUCGAGUAUCGUGGAAUUCAUAACAAUUUUUCGAAUUGUACGUGUUUUGAGAAUAUUCCGACUUAUCAAACACGUGCCCGGAUUAUGGAUCCUCGUGUACACGUUAAAAGCUAGUAUAGGCGAGCUCGUGCUCCUCACGUGCUUCAUGUCUGUUGGAAUCCUUGUGUUCUCUUCAUUGAUAUAUUUUGUAGAAGCACGUGCUGACUUUGAAAGUAUUCCCGAUGCUUUCUGGUGGGCCCUCAUUACCAUGACGACUGUAGGUUACGGUGAUAUGUACCCAAAAACCACCCUCGGAAAAAUGGUUGGUUCCAUCUGCGCCAUGUCCGGUCUGCUUAUGAUCGGAUUUUCUGUUCCCGCGCUGGUCAACAAUUUCAUGCUUUAUUAUAAGCACGUGCAAUUUGCUCUUCAGGCUGAGAAAGAAAAGUCGGCAACGAAAGAUGAAAAAGAAAACACCGGAAAUUCCUCGCGCAGUAAUUCCUCUUCGGAAGAAGAAAUAGUUCCAAGAAAGGAUACUUUUACAGACGACAACGACAACAAACAAGAAUGCGUUCCCCUGGUAACUAUUCACGUCGAAGAUGAAAACGGGAAGACAUUAAGUCAAAGCAAUGAUGACAUUUAAGAAAUAGUAGACGUACGUGCCCGUUACUGACCUUGACCUUAAUGUAGGAUUACCAACACAAGUUCUUGUAACUCUGAUAAUCAACGACUUGCCAAACGGCAGUGUGAAUAAUUUCAUAAAUUUAUAUACUUUUAUUUAAAGAGGCUUUUAGUUUGGUCGAUUCAUUUACAUAUUGCGGCUGUCAACGUCGCGUGUCUCGGCUUGUUUACCUAGAAAUAUGAAUAGCGCGGAACAAUAUACACAGACUAUUUUGUCCGACUGAACAUGAGCAAUGAUAGGCCUAAUCAAAAUAUUUUGAGAGUAGGCCCUAUGCUGUUUCUUUUUAGUCUGGGUUAUGCCUUACGUGUCAUUAAUUGCCUUUUCCUUUGAGUACAUUUUCACGUGAGCAGGGAAACUAUGGUAUGUUGUGACAUUUUUGUAGUUUCGUAUGACCUUGUUACAUCAAUCUGGCUUGAAACCCA